UCUAUGAAAGCAGACGAGGCCUCUUGGAUCACUUCCCUUCAAAACCAUACAUGCGCACGCACAUAAACAUGUGAUGAUACCGUGCACUGACAGGAAAUAACCUCUAAAAUGAAAAGUGGCUGUUAGCUGAAUGUGAUGAGAACGGUGAAGAAGAUGGCUUCUGCUGCCACCAUCGCUGUGUUUCUGCUCUGCUGCUUCAUCACUGCCUCCACAGGCUCUCAGGCUGAUUGUGAUGUGUACGCUGCAACAGGCUCAAGCUUUACUGUGCCACUUACACAUGUGUUAAAAGACUCGGAUAACCUGAGAUGGUUCCAGGAUGAAAACCUAAUCUUUUAUCGCAGACAGAAACAGGUGAUCACAGGGAAAAAUUAUGAUGUUGAUUCAACUGGAUCACUAAAGUUGACACAACUGACCAAAAACAAGUCAGGACGUUACAGCCCACAGAUUCACAGAGCAGAUGGAACCAGUGCAGGAGAUUUACCAAGUGUGCGUUUGUGUGUAUUAGACCGUGUGCAGAAGCCCACUGUGAUGAUGAACUGUACAGGCGAUAAGGCAAAAGUCAGUUUUACUUGCAACGUUGGUCAGAAUGAGAAGGUCAAAUGGUUUGUGGAUGGUAAACAGGUGGCAGAAAAAGGGAAGACGCUGAUGAGAGUAGCCAAAGACGUGGUAAACGCCCAUUUCUCUUGCAAUAUUUCUAACCAUGUCAGCUCUGAGAUCAGUCUGCCUGUUAAACAAGACUGCUAUAAGCCCGUUUUCCCUGAAACAAUAUUUGGAAUUAGCAUCUGGGUUUUAGUGAGUGGUGGAACAGGUAUUGUUUUGAUGCUGAUCCUUAUUGUCAUCAUUUAUAUUAUCAAGCUCAGACGAAAAAAGCAUGUGCGACUAAACGAUGAGAGGGAGCUUUACUUGCAGUGGAGCAAUCAAGAACAGGAACAGCCUGAUUAUUAUGAGCACCGCUACCAGCAGGAGCUACCUGGCAACACCAGAAAUAUGGCUGAAAACAGCAACUCGCCGAGCAACAUCCCGAAACCUGGCAUCUGUACACACUGUGGUCUGAAGAAAGACGACUUGAAAUAAUAUAAGCACCAGUGAUAAAGUCAUGUGAUCUGUGCGGGAUUCCCACAUUUCAUUUACAUUAGGGUUUUCAGCUUUGUGCUAAAUGGAUAAAGUAGUUGCACACAAAAAUGAGGGACAUUAAAGGAAAUGACCCCAAAUAGACACUCAGUCUGAAUAAAUAAUAAUCAGCAUGUGGUUGGCUUUAAGUGACUAGACCACAUGUACAAACCUUACUCUGAAAUACCAGCUGAUUAUCAAUAAAUUUUUUUAAUCUACUUACAAAACUACAAAGUUACCCAGAGAAAGUGGGACAGACAGGAGGUCAGACUGUUUACGUCUUCUGUAGUAACUCAAGCUGUGCAGUGUGGUCACCUUUGUAAAGAAUCAUUGCUUAAUCGUCAUAUCAAUACAUUUAGAGCUUUCUGCUGUCUUUGCUCUUUGCAGACGCUUGUAGUGAUAAAAAAGUGCACAAGUCACAUUUAUAGUAGUAGAACAUGUGGGCCGACUUCUAAAACCUCUCCAGUGAUUCUCUUCACUGUAAAACAUCAAACUCCAGGGGUUAUGUGAAUUGUAAAAUGUCACAAUUGUAUAUUUCUGGAUUUAUAAUUCAUUCAUUAUUACAGAGAGCUCUGCUGUUUGGAACACAGUCUGACAUUGUGUCCAGUCAAAGACCUUCAUGAGGCUAUAUAUGAAUCUCCAGUAAGGUUUCCUCAACCUGAUGCUCUCGGUAUUUAAAUCCAGAAAAUCUAAAUUACUCAGCAUUUUGUUCAAUAAUUGUGCCUAUCGUAGGGAUCAAUUCUGCAGUUUCUAUUUUAAAAUGUAAACUGUGACCUGUAUAUAAAUAAAAUUAAUUAUUAUGUUUCAGUCUCAUAUUUAGUUUGAAAUAUGACACCGAAACAACCACACA